CCCCGAAAUCCCCGUCUCGCGCGCGUAAAUCUCGAAUUGUCGAGGAUGAUUCCGAUGAAGGCGAGUUCAAGCUAUGUACCCUGCCUCCACUCAAUGCGGCACACUAAUAUUGAGCAACAACGCUCUGGCGGACCAACGCUCUCCUCCCAUGUCCCCGGUUCUUAUGCACACGGCACAGAUGUAAAGAGGACAGCUGAUUCUGGGUUGACUGCUUCCCGCAACCUUACUUCGGCGCAUCGUUGGAAAAAUGCUACCAAGUCUCAUGGAUCCGACAACGAGCCCAAUAAGGGAAAUGAGCAACAAUGGCAGGAAAGGAAAGGCCAAGAGAAGGAUCGUGACGGCAAUGAAGAUGGUCAUCUCGAAUCCGAGGACCAAGCAGAACGGGAUGAUGAAGAGGCCGAUGUCGACAUUGAAGAAGACGAAUCCCCAAUCUCAGAUCCACCCUCAGAGUUAGAAUCCGAAGACUCGAUAUCGCCUCCGCCCAUCUCGACUCCUGCAAAAUCGACCAAGUCAAAAUUCACACCCAAACCAAAAGUAGCUGCACCACCAAAACAGAAACCCCCCUCAACGACCAGCAAGCCUGUUGAAAAACCUCCGGUGCUUAAAGUUACGCUCAAGUGGGGCAAAUCUCGACUCGGUGGUGCUGGAGGUGCUACGUCUUCGUCAAAGGUGGCUCCUAGUACAACGAGUGACAGCCUACAGGAAGGAGCCACGCCCGACAGAGAUCCAGUCCCAAAGAAAAAACGAACGCGUCUUGUUGGAGAGUCUGAAGAUGACGACUUUGACGAAUUGGAUAUGGAUGAACAGUCUCUCAAUUCCACCUCGCGGCUAACAGUAAGACAGGCCGCCUUGGCUUCUGGUACAGCUGCAGCUGCGAGCCUUUUAGAAUUGCCGACGAAGCAAUCGUCGAAGAAGAAAAACUUGAAUGCUGAAGAACUCGCAGCGCGCAGAGCUGAAACCGCAAAAAAAAGGAAAGAACUCACUACUCAAAAGUUAGAAGAUGACAAGACCGAGACAAUAAACCGUCUACUCAAACGCCAAUCAGCAGGCACGCGACGCAAAAAAGCUAUUGAGGAGUUGCAAUCAAAUACGGGUAAUAGAGGCUCACUUCAACCAGAAUCCACCAUCGCGCCUAUCCCUACUCCUAGGUUGGGAUCAGAGGAUCUCCGAAUUACACGAAGUGUGCCUUGUUUCAGGUGGAUAUCGACAUCACGACCACCUGCUUUGGCAUCCAGUCCGACAACAAAGAAAAUGGAAGAGAGCGUUGGUUGCGCGGCUUCGAUGGAACGAAGUGACGAAGACACAACGAUGAAGGCUCCAGAAGAAGGAUCGAACGUUAGAUUCAGCUUUUCGAUUCCUUUUGAGCUACUUCCUUCUCAACCUCCAGCCGGCGAUGUAACUUGAGGAUAAUUUGUAGAUUCUUUGGGUCUGCGUUCUGCUCCUCAUAUUGGGGUUACUAGCAUUAUCUUGCAUUAGUCACUAAAGAGUUGCACACCCAUUGUAACAUCGCCAUGAUACAUGUACAUAUAUGAGUACCAGGUGGGCUCACGGCGCGUUGUUUCAAACAGGCUGGUAAUUUUCAAUUGAUGAUAUGCCAAGG